GACUGUUCUCUGGGGAAGACUAUGCCCACGUCCAGCAUUCCUUUCUUGUCUGUGGUUCUUUGUCAAAGGUUGAGACCCCCCUCCCCCCAAGAUUUCAUCAUCCAUGUUAGUGUGUCUAUUGCUUUCAUCCUCAUGUAGGUCUUGUCCCUAAGUUGAUGAGACUUCAUAGGUAUAGCCUUUCUAACAUUUCUAGGAGCGUCAGAUUCACAGCAAAUUUACUGUUGCGUUGGCUCCUGGGGGGGGGGGAUUAAAGAUUAAUUCUGCAUAUAUAUUAUUUCUCAAGGAUUUGAAAUGUUUACAUUUGGCUUAUGUGAAGGGGUUGAAUUUAUAGUGACUGCCUAAUUAGAUACGCUUUUCUAUGCCUCCGAAGUUAGUAAAGAAUCGCUCAAGUGGAAACAUGAACUCAUUGAAGUUCGCCCGAGACCACUUCGGAUGCUCCCCAGGGAUAUGUGGUACGCAUCCUUCCCUCCAGAGAAUUGCCUUCCACAGAAACCAGUAACGCCAUGAAGUCCAAUCCAGCCAUCCAAGCGGCCAUUGACCUUACGGCUGGGGCUGCAGGGGGCACGGCAUGUGUACUGACUGGGCAGCCCUUCGACACGAUGAAGGUGAAGAUGCAGACGUUUCCAGACCUCUACCGGGGCCUCACCGACUGCUGCCUGAAGACCUACUCCCAGGUGGGCUUCCGUGGCUUCUACAAGGGGACCAGCCCCGCGCUGAUAGCCAACAUCGCAGAGAACUCGGUGCUCUUCAUGUGUUACGGCUUCUGCCAGCAGGUGGUCCGAAAAGUGGUUGGAUUGGACCGGCAGGCAAAACUGAGUGACCUGCAGAAUGCAGCUGCGGGCUCCUUUGCCUCUGCCUUUGCCGCGCUGGUUCUCUGCCCCACAGAGCUUGUGAAGUGCCGGCUACAGACCAUGUAUGAAAUGGAGUCCUCAGGAAAGAUAGCGGCCAGCCAGAAUACAGUUUGGUCAGUCGUGAAGGAAAUCUUUAGGAAGGACGGCCCCUUGGGCUUCUACCAUGGACUCUCCAGCACUUUACUUCGAGAAGUACCAGGCUACUUCUUCUUUUUCGGUGGCUACGAACUGAGCAGAUCAUUUUUCGCAUCAGGGAGAUCAAAAGAUGAACUGGGUCCUGUCCCGUUGAUGCUGAGUGGUGGAUUUGGUGGGAUUUGCCUGUGGCUUGCUGUAUAUCCGGUGGACUGUAUCAAGUCUAGAAUUCAAGUUCUUUCUAUGACCGGAAAGCAGACAGGACUUGUCAGAACCUUCCUGAGUAUCGUAAAGAACGAAGGAAUAACAGCCUUGUAUUCUGGACUGAAACCCACCAUGAUCCGCGCGUUCCCCGCCAACGGGGCGCUGUUUUUGGCCUACGAGUACAGCAGGAAGUUGAUGAUGAACCAGUUGGAAGCGUGGUGAAGUGUCCUGGCGCACCUGGAUCCACGGCAGAUGCUUAGUGACUGGUUAACUCAGGGCUUCGGGGAGCACACGAACAAUGCGGGAUUAUGUACUUUGUUGGGACUUUGUCGUUGUCUUCCCUUCUUCUGUUCCAAGUCUUGGAUUUUGUGGAUGGUCCUCCAUUCUGCACGGAAUAAUCCCUGUUAUUGAACCAAAACAGAGAAGUCACUGUUCUUGCCCUUGGUAGAGUGCACGGGGGAAAUGGUGGCCUCGUGCACAGGGAACCCAGUGGCCUCAGGCACUGGUUUUACACACCGGCCUUGUGCAGACGGUGUUCCUCUCAGGACAGCGUCCGUGGAAGUGAGUGGUACACAUGCAAUGUAGAUGGUCCUGUCACCACAGGGAAACAAAACUUCGUUCUGUGUCUAAUUACAAAUGGUGACCAAUUCUUAUAUAGGUGGUUGUAAAUGAUUGCUUAUUAAUGAUCCUAGGUAGAGGGCUGCUGCUAGAAGCCGUUGAGCCCAUGCACUAAGAGGCUAACAUUUUUAACCUUUUGUGGUAUAAUAAAGCUAAAAUAUCCCUCUAUAUUUUUAGAUACACUUA